AUGCCACGUUCCUUUUUGGUGAAGAGCAAAAAGGCUCAUACCUAUCAUCAACACCGCUCUGUGGAAGAUGACCUGCCUGUACUCUCGUGGGAUCCAGUAACCUCUCCCUUCACUGCCAUAGGAGACAAGGAGGACAUCAAGAAACAGGACCUAGAAUGCGUAGUUCCAAAACAAGAAAAGGACCCAUCUGAACUGAAAGAAGAAAGUGUCCCUGUCCAGCACCUGAGCAGGAUGCUGCCAGGCCCUUCAGCUCAAGAGAUGGCCAUCCCAGGUCUGCAGAUCAAAGACUGCAUUAACACAACAAGCACCUCCACCUUCUACAAAACUGGCUUUUCUUGGGAUGCUUUCCAUUUGCCAUAUGGCUACCGACAGAUGUCUUCCACCAUGCAGUCAGCCCUCUUGGAGCACCCAGUUAGCCUGUAUGGAAGCCACCUCCUGCCAAGCACCGAGCCUCCUCUUGACUACAGCAUGCACUACUCCUCAGACAUGGAGACCUACCACUGUGUGAAAUGCAACAAGGUAUUCUCCACUCCCCAUGGACUGGAGGUCCAUGUCCGAAGGUCUCAUAGUGGAACUCGGCCCUUUGCUUGUGAAGUAUGUGGCAAAACUUUUGGACAUGCUGUAAGCCUGGAGCAGCAUACCAAUAUUCACUCCCAGGAAAGAAGUUUUGAGUGCAAGAUGUGUGGGAAGACAUUCAAGCGUUCCUCCACACUCUCCACUCACCUGCUGAUCCACUCAGACACAAGGCCCUAUCCCUGCCAAUACUGUGGCAAGCGCUUCCACCAGAAGUCAGAUAUGAAGAAACACACUUACAUCCACACUGGGGAGAAGCCCCACAAAUGCCAGGUAUGUGGGAAAGCCUUCAGCCAGAGCUCCAACCUCAUCACUCACAGCCGCAAGCACACUGGCUUCAAGCCCUUCAGCUGUGAGCUCUGUGCCAAGGGAUUCCAGCGCAAGGUGGAUCUACGAAGGCACCGAGAGACCCAACACAGUCUCAAGUGA